CUCCUUCUCCAUUGUUUGAUCAUCUCAUCUUGCAUUUUCAUCCACCUGAUUAACAGGUUCUCUUUAGAGAAGAUACUAUUGUUCCGUAAGCCGAGAAUCGCUAUGGAGAGCGCUCCGACGAGGUCCGUGCUCUUUCUGCGGGUCCUGGUGUUCGCUUUGUGUGUUUCGUGCUCUCGUGCGCAGACCUGCCGGAACUACACGUUUUCCAACAAGAACGCCUAUGCCUCGUGCGUCGACCUCCCCGUGCUGAGCUCGUACCUCCACUGGAACUACACGCAGUUGACCGGCACGGCAGACAUCGCGUUCCGGCACACGGGCACCACGACCUCGAGAUGGAUCUCGUGGGCGAUAAACCCUAGGGGGCAGAGGAUGGUGGGGUGCCAGGCGCUCGUGGCCUACAUGACCUCGAGCGGGUCGAUGUACGCCUACACGUCGAGCAUCGACAGUUACAACACGGACAUGCCGGAGGGCGCCCUGAGCUUCGGGGUGCCGAGCAUAUCAGCAACGUACGAGAGCGGCGAGAUGACGAUAUUCGCGAGGCUGGAGCUCGGGACGAGCAUGGUGAGCGCGAGCCAGGUGUGGCAAGAGGGUCCGAUGAAUGGACCCGGAAGCCCCGGCAUUCAUUCCACGAGUGGAGCCAAUAUGCAAUCCACGGGGACGCUCAACUUCUUGUCUACCUCCAGCACGUCGGGUGGAGUAUCGUCGUCAGGAUCAUCAGGAAUUAGCUCGACGGAGCGAAAAAAGAAUGUUCAUGGGGUUUUGAAUGCUGUGAGCUGGGGAGUAAUGAUGCCACUGGGAGUGUUAUUGGCGAGGUACUUGAAGGUGUUCAAGUCAGCAAAUCCAGCUUGGUUUUAUCUCCACGUGACGUGCCAAGCAUCUGCCUACGCCGUGGGCGUCGCCGGCUGGAUCACCGGCCUGCGGCUCGGUGACGACGCCGGCGGCGGCGGCAACGUUGGCACUCACGGCAACAUCGGCAUGGCCCUCUUCAUCCUCGGAACUCUUCAGGUUUUUGCUCUUCUCCUGAGGCCAAAGCCGGACCACAAGUACAGAUUCUACUGGAAUAUAUAUCACCACUCUUGUGGGUACACCGCGAUUGCGCUCAGCAUCGUCAAUGUGUUCCUGGGUUUGGACAUUUUGGACCCGACGAAGGUGUGGAAGCAGACGUACAUCAUCGCCCUCAUCGUUUUAGGUGGCGUUGCCCUGAUCAUGGAGCCACUUACGUGGGCCGUCGUGAUCAAGAGGAGGAGGAGAGAAAGAUCGCAGAAGGACCCAGCCAUCGGCAUGAACGGAGCUCAUAGCAAUGGCUACAAUGGCAGAUCCCAAGAUGAUGGUGUUUAGAUCCAUUGAUGUUGUGUUUGAUUAGCAUAUGUACCAGGUUAUCAGUAGCUACUGCGUACUGAGGAGACUCACGUCUUUUAUUUUCGACUGUUUCUUCGUUCUUCUUCCUUUUUGAUAGAUCCCAUGUUGGUGGGGUAUACAUGUCUGAGAUGGCUAUUGUUGAUCUCUUUGUACUUUCUUGGUAGGAUUAUAUAUCGUGGUUAUCUGUGACGGUAUAGAGUUGUACCUAUUAAGCAUCGAUAGCGCGUUACUUAUCAUUAUGUAUCCCAUCAUUCGUGUGAUCGACACGCUUUCUCCUA